AAUUGCGAAUGGGCCUCCUCGCUGUCUCUCUGCAUAAAAAAACUCGCUCUCACAACCACAAACACGAAUCAAAAUCCAUAAUUCAAUUCUACUCUCGUCUACCAUUUCACUUCUCGGUUCUCAGGUAUGGCAUCGUCUGAUAAGCCAGAGAUAGUUGAAAGGGAGGUUAAGGAGAAGGAACACAAAGAAGAUGACAACGAUGAAGGGAAGGAUGGAUUUAUUGAAAAGGUAAAGGAUUUCAUUCAUGAUAUUGGGGAGAAGAUUGAGGAAACUAUUGGAUUUGGGAAGCCAACUGCGGAUGUCACAGAAAUUCACAUUCCAUUCAUUAAUCUUGACAAGGCAGACAUAGUUAUUGAUAUGCUUGUCAAAAACCCAAAUCCCAUUCCAAUACCACUCGUUGACAUAAACUACUUAAUUGAGAGUGAUGGAAGGAAACUAGUUUCAGGGUUGAUCCCUGAUGCCGGGACAAUCCAUGCACAUGGUUCAGAGACUGUCAAGGUACCAUUUACCUUGAUAUAUGAUGACAUAAAAAGCACAUAUGAUGAUAUAAAGCCUGGAAGCAUCAUUCCUUAUAGAAUCAAGGUUGAUCUCCUAGUGGAUGUGCCUGUCUUUGGUAGGUUAACUCUGCCACUUGAGAAAACUGGAGAGAUCCCCAUACCGCAGAAGCCUGAUAUUGAUGUUGAAAAAAUAAAAUUUGAGAGAUUCUCUUUUGAAGAAACUGUUGCAAAUCUUCAUGUGAAACUGGAAAACAUGAAUGAUUUUGACUUGGGUCUCAAUGCACUGGACUAUGAGGUUUGGCUAUCUGGAAUGAGCAUUGGAAGUGCAGAAAUCUCCAAGUCCGAAAAAUUGGUUAAAAAAGGAAUAAGUUACAUCGAUAUUCCUAUCACCUUCAGGCCGAGGGACUUUGGCUCUGCUCUUUGGGACAUGAUUCGAGGGAAAGGUACUGGCUACUCCAUGAUAGGACACAUUGAUGUGGACACACCCUUUGGAGCGAUGAAGUUACCCAUCAGUAAGGAGGGUGGCACAACCCGCCUUAAGAAGAAGAAGGAAGACAGGGGCGAUGAUGAUGAUGAUGAUGAUGAUGAUGAUGAUGAGGAUUAGAGAAAUGGCUUGAAGGAGUGGUUGAUAUGGGUAGCUUGUGUGUGUUACUACUAGUAGACGAGCGAGAUUCGAUUGGCACUAUAUUUAUGUUUGUGUAUUAUUGUGGUUGAUAUCACAAAUUGGCACUUGUCUUUGCUUGCAGAGUGACUUUUUUAAGACUUUGAACUGUUGUUCUAUGUAUAUAAUAUUUACCAGUCUCCAUUGGACUGUUUGUUUC